GGAAACCUGUACGUGAACGAAACACGAGUACACACACCAGCCCCAUAUCCCACACCCACGCCCAAAAUGUCCCCGCCGAGGCGCCUCGCCGUGCUCCACUCCCACCUCCGGCCCGAGGUCCCGCCGCCUCCCGCCGGCAGAGGCGAGAAUGAGCUGACGGAAGGGCAGGAAGCAGUGGUCUCUACCUCUCCGUGCGCUGUCGCCGGCGACGACCGCCUCAGCGCGGCGGCCGGUCCGGUGGGGGAUGGGGAGCUGGAGACCUGCGUAUUCUGCCGGAUCAUACGCGACGAGGCGCCAGCUUUCAAGGUCUACGAAGACGAUGUCUGCCUCUGCAUAUUGGAUUCUCAUCCAUUGGCUCCCGGGCAUUCCUUGAUAAUUCCAAAAUGCCAUUUUUCAUCACUCGAGGCCACCCCACCUACUGUUGUAGCAGCCAUGUGUUCCAAAGUACCUUUUCUUAGCAAUGCGAUUAUGAAGGCUACUCAGUGUGAUUCAUUCAACUUGGUGGUCAAUAAUGGAGCAGCUGCGGGACAAGUUAUUUUCCAUGUCAACUUGAAGAACUAUGUACUGAUCUAUCUCAUGUUUCCUACUAUCUACAGACCCAUUGCCACAUAAUUCCUCGUAAAUCGGGUGACGAGUUGUGGCCUACAGAGAGCUUUAGAAGGAGCUCCAUUGAGCCAAAUGAAACCUCAAAUCUUAUUAGCUGCAUCAAGGAACAGCUUGAUUCUUCUCUGAAGACUGUAAAAACUGAAGCGGCGAUCGAGAGCUGAUUCAGUUGUCCAGUCAAGUACAUAAGUACAUAAUAUGCGUUGGUGGCAUAUUUGAAGCAAUUCAUCUGUUUAUAACGAAACUUAAGUGUCAUGUUUGGAGUUGAGAAUUGCUCGAUAGUUUAUAACGUGCUUCGAUAUACGUUUAGCAGUUUCAAUAGGACUGAUACCGUAAGCACUGUAUAAAAUAUUGCAACCGAGCUAAAUAAGGUCGAGUUAUGCCUAGUGUUCAGAAAGAUUGCUGCCUUGGUGGCGUGCUAGAUAGCACGAAAUGCUUUCCUCUCUCCCAAGAAGGUGUCGGCGACCUAGAGUUCCACCCUAGCAGCCGACGCCAUCUGCCCCAUCUUCGCCUCCUAUGACCGGGAAUCGAUGGGUCCCUGCCCCUCCUCUAUGAUGUUUACAUAACAAUAACUUUGUUGUAUACGUCCAUUACAAACCCAGGUAGAAAAUAGGAGCUAUUUAUGAUCUUGUGAACAUAUUGUCUUGUUAAAAACCUUUUAUGAUAACCUUGAGAAUAAACUCAUAAAAGGAAAA